CCCGCCGGGGCCGCUGCCCGGUCCCGUGUCCCCGUGUCCCCCGCACCGUGCCCCCCCCAUGGAGAACUUCCAGAAGGUGGAGAAGAUCGGGGAGGGCACCUACGGCGUCGUGUACAAGGCCCGGAACAAGGUCACGGGGGAGGUGGUGGCACUCAAGAAGAUCCGCUUGGACACGGAGACCGAGGGCGUCCCCAGCACGGCCAUCCGGGAGAUCUCCCUGCUCAAGGAGCUCAACCACCCCAACAUCGUCAAGCUGCUGGACGUGAUCCACACGGAGAACAAGCUCUACCUGGUCUUCGAGUUCCUGCACCAGGACCUGAAGAAGUUCAUGGAUUCCUCCUCCAUCAGCGGCAUCGCCCUGCCCCUCAUCAAGAGCUACCUGUUCCAGCUGCUGCAGGGCCUGGCCUUCUGCCACGCGCACCGCGUGCUGCACCGCGACCUCAAGCCCCAAAACUUGCUCAUCAACGCCGACGGCGCCAUCAAACUGGCCGACUUCGGCCUGGCUCGCGCCUUCGGGGUGCCCGUGCGCACCUACACCCACGAGGUGGUGACCCUCUGGUACCGAGCCCCCGAGAUCCUCCUGGGCUGCAAGUAUUACUCGACGGCCGUCGACAUCUGGAGCUUGGGCUGCAUCUUUGCGGAGAUGAUCACCCGGCGCGCUCUGUUCCCCGGGGACUCGGAGAUCGACCAGCUCUUCCGCAUCUUCCGCACGCUGGGAACGCCGGACGAGGCGGCCUGGCCCGGCGUCACCGCCAUGCCCGACUACAAGCCCAGUUUCCCCAAAUGGGCCCGGCAGGAUUUCGGCAAAGUGGUGCCGCCGCUGGACGAGGAGGGACGGAAGCUGCUGGCGCAAAUGCUGCACUACGACCCCAACAAGCGGAUCUCGGCCAAGGCUGCGCUGGGACACCCCUUCUUCCGCGACGUCACCAGGGCCGUCCCCCACCUGCGCCUUUGAGCGGCCCCACCGUGUCCCCCCCGGACCCUGCCCGCACUCGCCGGGAUUUCGGGAUGGGACCGGCAGCUGCCUGCUGCCCACCGAGGGUCUGGAGUUGGGGGGGGGGGGCUGCCUGCCGUGCCCCCCUCCUGAAUGGAACCCCCAUCCCCGCGCUGUGAGAGGCGACAUCCGUCCCCAGGGGCUUGGG